AGACGCUUUAUCCCCCUGGUUUUUGGGAAAGCAAGAAUGGCGCAACUUGGAGUCCCAUUGAAGUUACAGUCACACAAACUCUCUCACGCUCACACUCACAUCCCUUUCUUCUCCUCUAACUCUCUUUCGCACCUUCCCCUUCGCACCUUCACUCCCUCUCGUUUUCACCCCUUGAUCUUAUCAACGCUUCGUUUCCGCACUUUCACACCAUGCAACACCAACAAAUCAGAUAUUAUGUCGCAGCUGGAACUCGGGAAACCCGAACACCAAAUGGGGAAACCCGAGAAACGAGUCAACGGCAUAUUCUGGCUCAUUCUCCUCAACAUUGCCAUAUUCGUCGCUGACCAUUUUUUUCAGGUUAACAGCAUCAAGGCUUUGUACUUGUACCACAAUUGGCCUGCUUGGUACCAGUUUGUCACAGCAACAUUUUGUCACGCUAAUUGGAAGCAUCUUUCUAGCAACCUUUUCUUCUUGUACAUUUUUGGAAAGCUUGUUGAAGAAGAGGAAGGGAACUUUGCUUUGUGGCUUUCUUACAUUCUUACAGGUGUUGGAGCAAACCUUGUUUCAUGGUUGGUUUUACCAAGAAAUGCAGUUUCUGUUGGAGCUUCCGGUGCUGUUUUUGGGUUGUUUACUAUCAGUGUUUUUGUAAAGAUGUCCUGGGAUUGGAGGAAGAUUCUUGAAGUGCUUAUAUUGGGUCAGUUUGUCAUAGAGAAGGUCAUGGAAGCAGCCCAAGCUUCAACAUCGUUAUCAGGAACCUUUCAUGGAGGCUACUCAUUGCAAAGUGUCAAUCAUAUUGCACAUCUAUCUGGUGCUCUUGUUGGUGUGCUUUUGGUUUGGCUCCUUAGCAAAGUUCCUUCUGAUCCUUCAGUUUGAUAAUUCACUUCUAGCUCUUGACAACAGGCCAAACUACAGAUGUAUAUAUACCUGUGCUCAACCAAUAUUUCAAAUCACUAGUGUCAUAUGUUUUGCUGCUUUUGUUACUGUUGAUAUUCAGCGUCUAAAUAAAAGGAAUAUAUCAAUUGUAAGGGUAUUGUCAAGAACGCUUACUGCAGUCUUUAAUUGACAAAGGUUCUGUUUAAGUUUAUUUAAUGUCUAUAGAAUUGCAUAUAG